UUAAGACGCUAACAGCGACGGAAGCAGAAAGAGACAUGUUGGUAUAUAAAAUAAAUCGCAGCAAAGCAAGUCAUCCUCGAAAUUGGAAAAUCAACAAACCCUAAUCUCCCACUCUCCUUCACAACUCUUUUUCUUAAGCAAAACUGAGCUACCGGGGAUUAGGAAGGAAGGGAGAUCUUCAGCAUGUCGGUUACAGCAGGUGUUAGUGAUACAGCGUUAGCAGUUAGGGAUAAGCUUAGGGGUAAAAUUGGACAGACCAAGGUUAAAAGGUAUUGGCCUGGUAAAGCACCGGAGUGGGCAGAUGAUGCAGAAGAAGAUGGAGAUAUUAGGAUGGCUAGGGUGGCUUCCUUGGAGAAAGCUUUCCCCAGCAGGGACGAUUCGGAUGUUGUUUCCAGGAAAGAUGAUCCGAGGCUGCGUCGUCUGGCGGAGACUAGGAUCGAUAAUCGCGAUGAAAUGAGGGCGGAUCAUAGGAGGAUUCGGCAGGCUGAGAUUAUUUCAACGGAGGAGGAAGAGACCCGGAAGCAAGAAUGGGCGGAUAUGGAGGAAGACGACGAGGAUGCGUUGGAGGAAAGAAGGAGAAGGAUUAAGGAGAAGUUGCGACAGAGGGAGCGAGAGGAGGCUGCGCUUCUUCCUGUAGAGGAGGAGGAGGAGGAGGAUGAAGUGGAGGAAGAGGAAGAGGAGUCGGAGUAUGAGACUGAUUCUGAGGAGGAAAUGACAGGGAUGGCUAUGGUGAAGCCUGUUUUUGUGCCCAAGUCGGAGAGGGAUACUAUUGCUGAGCGUGAGCGGCUUGAGGCUGAAGAACGAGCACUCGAGGAUAAGGUGAGGAAGAAAUUGGAGGAGAGGAAGGUGGAGACCAAGCAAAUAUUGGUUGAGGAGAUAAAGAAAGAGGAAAUGAUUCAGAAGAAUCUGGAGAUGGAGGCAAAUAUUGCUGAUGUGGAUACCGAUGAUGAAAUGAAUGAGGCAGAGGAGUACGAGGCUUGGAAGGUCAGAGAGAUUGCAAGGAUUAAGAGGGAUAGGGAGGACCGUGAGGCAAUGGUGAAGGAAAGGGAAGAGAUUGAGAGGGUGCGGAACAUGACUGAGGAAGAGAGGAGAGAGUGGGAGAGGAAGAAUCCGAAACCUGCUGCACCACCAAAGCAGAAGUGGAGGUUUAUGCAGAAAUAUUACCACAAGGGUGCUUUCUUCCAGGAUGAGCCCGAUGACCGAGCAGCAACUGUUGGAACAGAUGGCAUUUUCAAACGUGAUUUCUCAGCUCCGACUGGAGAAGAUAACAUGGAUAAAACCAUAUUGCCCAAAGUUAUGCAAGUCAAACACUUUGGUCGUAGUGGAAGAACAAAAUGGACCCAUCUUGUCAAUGAGGAUACCACUGAUUGGAACAAUCCGUGGACAUACAAUGAUCCUUUGCGGGCAAAGUACAAUGCAAAAAUGGCUGGAAUGAAUGCUGCUAUAGCUAAACCCAAAGGAAGCAAAAAGUUGAAGGAUUGGGAAUCCCGGUAACCUAUAUUUUUAAUUGUUACCAAGGUCAGAGAAGAAACCCUUUUAUUGAACAUUCGUUAACUAGAGAUGCAAAUUCUACGAUUGAAUUGUUGAAUAUACAGGUAUCGAUUGUAUUGGUAAAUGGGUUCUCGCUUUUAUCUGCCCUAGUAGAGGCGUAUGGCUCU